AUGGCCGUCGCCGAGGCUUCCUUUGCAAGCCUGCUCUCUCAUACAGUCUCUUUGGCCAAAACUACGCAUGCACAUAAGCAACAGCUCGUAUUUCCCCUGAGCAGUUCACGAGAAGGCAGAGAGACUCGUGCCGGAGGGCUGUCGCGCGCUCUCCAUCUGCUGCCGCUUCUCCCGCCAGCGAGCUUUGAACCCGUGAUACAGCUUGCGAGUGGGAAGAAAAACACGACUCCAGCCCCUCGAGCCGCUACCUCGUUACCGAAGACCUCCCUCCCGCUGCCAGGCCACAAUGAGCCUCUAAUAACUGCUCAUUGCUCGACUCGAGACAAGGCGGAGGAGCUUGGAAGGCCCGCUGUGCGACGUUAUAUCGAGCUUCAACUUCAGCUUCAACCACCGCUCAGAGCUCAGAUUGAGGAAACGUCUUUUUCGGGACGAGCGCACCAGAAGAUAUAUAUUCAUAUGAUGGAAAACUCGGUAGAGUCACAACGGCUGCGGCGGCCUCGGUCGCGGACCGCCUGUGGGUUUCCGGUGUCGACUAUCAUCGUCACCAUUCUCGGCCUACUCCUGGUCUUUGGCAUUGUGCAGUCAUACUUGACACUUCAGGUCGACCCUCAAGGAUGCAAGACACCGAGUAUGCUGCCGACGUACAUCAAAUUGGGUGGAUUUGACACAGAACAUACUCGCUUUGCCAGCAAGUACAAUCUCUACUUGUAUCGAGAACGAGGUGUAGACGACUACAGCGAGGAAGAUAUCGGGCUCAAAGGAGUUCCAGUUCUCUUCCUCCCAGGAAACGCAGGGAGCUACCGACAAGGACGAUCGCUUGCUUCCGAAGCUUCCUUAUACUUUCAUAACGUACUGCAACACGAUCAAGACCGGAUUAAGGUCGGUACUAGGAGCUUAGAUUUCUUCAUGGCCGAUUUCAAUGAAGAUAUGGCUGCUUUUCAUGGCCAGACCAUUCUCGACCAGGCGGAAUACAUCAACGACGCCCUGUCCUACAUACUAUCGCUCUACCAUGACACCAACCGAGCCAGGAGAGAUACCGACCUGCCAGACCCCGUAUCCGUCAUACUGAUAGGCCAUUCCAUGGGUGGAAUCGUAGCAAGGACGGUCUUGACCAUGGCUAACUACCAGGCCAACUCUGUGAAUUCCAUCAUCACCAUGUCCACACCGCAUGCCCGGCCACCGGUAUCCUUCGAUUCCGAUCUCAUGAGCACCUAUAAACAGAUCAACUCCUACUGGCGCGAAGCCUAUUCCGAGAGAUGGGCCAACAAUAACCCACUGUGGCAUGUCACUCUCAUAUCAAUUGCCGGUGGUGGAGGAGAUACCAUUGUACCAUCAGACUACACAAGCUUAUCAUCAUUGGUCCCCGAUACCCAUGGUUUCACCGUUUUUACUAGCACAAUCCCCAAUGUUUGGACCGGAGUAGACCACCUUUCAAUCGCAUGGUGUGAUUCCUUCAGGAAAGCGGUUGUUCGGGCUAUCUUCGACGUUAUCGAUGUUAGACGCGCUACUCAAACUAAACAACGGGCUGAGCGCAUGAGUAUAUUCAGAAAGUGGUUUCUCACCGGAAUCGAGCCAAAUGCUGAUAAACUUCUGCCAAGUAAAGAACCAACCACUUUAUUGACCCUUGAGGAAAACGCCAAUGCAAUGCUAAAACAGGGUGAACGCCUGGUCUUGCGCGGACUCGGCCACCACGAAGGCCCUAAAGCUCAUCUCAUCCCUGUUCCCCCAAGAGGAGGCGUUCCUGGCAAGAAAUUUACUCUCCUAACAGACCAACGUGUCGAAACUUCAGGUUCCGGGAAACUUGAGAUUUUGUUUUGCAGUGAUCCUCCCUCUCGCGCCGGGCAAUCUGCAACCUUGCUUUCCCUAAACCUCGAUCUAUCCGGUGGCAACGCCGCCUCACCCCGGCUGGUGUGCAAAAGCAGCUACGAGGAUGUGAUACACAUUCCAGCAUCGUCCCGGACUUCAAAGGCCGCUUUCGACGACACUCGACCAUUUUCGUACUUCCAAUAUCGCCUAGAGGACCUUACGGAAUACCAAUUCGUAGCUGUCGUCGAUAAGCACGAGAAAGCCACUCCUGGUUUCCUGAUUGCGGAAUUCUCUGACAGCUCAGACUCAGUUAUUCCUACCAGAGUUAGCCUUGGUCGGCUUCUUAGCGCUGGCUUGACCAUCCUGCUGCCUGCCGACAGGCCAAUGGUGACGGAUAUCAAAGUUCCAGCUUUGCAGUCCAGCUUACUCGCCUACAAGCUUAAGCUCAAUAGGCAGGGAUGCAACGCCGAAUCAGAGCUGUUCGCGCCAAUCGUUCGCCAGUACAUAUCUGAUCCCUAUGAAUCCAAGUUUUUCGUCAACGUAAAAGCGGUUGACGUUAAUCUGCAUGGUGUUGCGCCUUACAUGCCCCCGCACCUCAGGGACAAUCCAGCUGGAAGUGGCGUGUCAUUUGAACUUUGGUCGGAUAGAAGCUGCAGCGCGCCACUUCAAAUAUCGCUGCAGGUAGACGUUCUCGGGAGUUUGGGUAGGCUUGCAAUGAGAUACCGAACUGUGUUUGCUGCGUUCCCUCUAGUGAUCGUGGCAAUGGUACUCCGCAAACAAUUUAGAGUCUAUGAUCAAACAGGUGUUUUCAUCAACUUCUCGGAAAGUUUAGAGCUUUGUAUUCGGUCUUCUUUGCCUCUUACUUUCCUUGGCUUCUCACUUUUGGCCACCACUCUAGCGACAUCCAAGUCCGUGGUAACUCAUGGUGUACAAUCAAGUUGGCAGACGAACGCGACGGAGACGCCAAUAGACUACGGGAAGAACGACCUUCUACUAGGUUCCCAGGACACAUUUUUCUGGUUUUUGGUGCCACUUUUCGGCAUUAUUAGUGUUGGCGCGUGCGUCGUCGUCCAUUAUGUGGCCACCAUCCUUGUUUAUCUCCUUGGGCUUCUUCGUUCGACCGUGGCCGCCCGACAGGGCUAUAUUAAGCAUGAGAACGGAAAGGCUGCACCGCUGCUAUGGAAUCUAUCUGCAAGACACAGAAUAGUUAACGCAGUUAUUCUCCUGUUCCUAGUAGCUACUGUCAUUCCGUACCAGUUUGCCGUACAAGCAUCUUCUCAUGCUCGUGAAACGCGGUCGGGCAAUCAUGCCAACCUAAGCAACUUUGCACAUUCAAUCCUUCUUCUAAUGCUUUGGAUCCUUCCAAUAAAUAUCCCUGUCCUCAUCGUCUGGGGCCACAACCUCGCCGUACACUGGUUCACACCCUUUUCCUCCCAUCAUAAUGUGUUAUCAAUAAUGCCUUUCAUUCUUCUCGUCGAAACCCUAACCACCGGAGCCAUGAUACCCCGGGUCACAUCAAACUUCAAAUAUAUCACUUCCGGCCUAUUUUUCUUCCUCGCAGUCUACGCCGCGAUAUACGGCGUUACGUACGCCUACCUACUGCACCAUAUCGCCAACUUCGUCGUCACCUGGCUGGUGGUGCUCUAUUUCUUCGGAAACGGCCUGUGCAUACCAAGCUUCGAUCGGAUAACCCGUCUAUCAGACUUCGCCGAAUCCGACUUUUCCAACGGUCACAUCAAGAAAUUACCUUGA